GUUCAUAGUUAUGGCCAUGAACAAUUCAUGGUGUCAUGCGCAUAAAAAGACACCUUACGAACUUGUCUAUGGAGAUAAGCCUUGUGGAAACUGCACUCUAAUUAAUGAACUAUGUGCAAAUAAUAUUU